CUCGACACAAAGGUUCUAUCGUCCGAGUUUGCGAGCUUUUUGAUAAGUCCUCGCUGCUCACCUCUUUCGUCGCAAAUUACCUACACCAUCUGCUGCCUGCUACACUCGACCAUUUCCUACCCGACCAUCUCGCAUACCGUCCACGUCAGCCAUCGUCCACUCCACGCGUCGCACAUCUAGGCCUGUCCUGUCGCGCAUGCAACUGAGCCUUUGAAGAAGCGUGGGCUCAAGCCUCUCUACGCUUCGCCAUCGGCGCGAAGUAAUCGGGUGUGUGUCCACACUCGAUCCUCGACAACCCCGCGGUCAUGCCGUCCUUCUACCCCCGUCAACUCCCUCCAACCCCUCCUGAGUUCAUCCCCUCCAGCUGCCAGCGCAUGCAGUACCCUCAAGACUCCUACCGCACCUGCGAGUCCCGUCAGGAUGCCGCCUAUGACUACUCUAGAGCAUACUCGCAGCCUAGCCUGCAGCGCAACGCCAUUCUUCCUCCCAUCAACAACUACUACGAGUCAGCCAGCGCACCCAUCCUGCCCCCUUUGAGAAUGCAGGAGCGUCUGAGCGUUGAGGAUGAUUAUCGCCUUCGCCUGCAGCAGGAGCAGGAGCAGCGCAACCAAGCCGCGCAACAACUGCAGCAGCAGCAGCAGCAGCAGCAGCAGCAACAACAACAGCAGGCACAGCAACAAGCGCAGCAAUCGACACAGAAGGAAGACAAAGCAACAGGCGGAGUAUCGGCCAAGCUCGACUACGAAAUGGAACGCAUGACGAACUUUGUGGCCGAAUCGGCGUCGGGAAUGUAUGCUCUCCAUCUGUCCCCCAUCUGCCUUGCAGAUAUUGACAUCUGUCGAAGCAUCCAGCCUAGUGUCCCCAUCCAGCCCUCGUUCCGCAAAUGGGUCUCGCAGGUCCUGUCAGCCACCAGACUACCCUCGGCCACCAUCCUUCUCAGUCUCCACUACUUGACCGUCCGUCUGCGCGACUACCCUCCGAGGACCACCUCUUCGUCCGAAAACCACAUCUACCGCCUCCUCGCCGUCGCCCUAAUCCUGGGUAGCAAGUUCCUCGACGACAACACCUUCAUCAACCGCUCGUGGUCCGAUGUCACUGGCAUCAGAGUUUCCGAACUCAAUAACCUUGAGAUGGAGUGGCUCGCCCUCAUCUCCUUUGACCUGCACUGCGAUCCUACUGACCCUGCUGGUCUGGCCAGCUGGCUGCGUGCCUGGAACGACUACGAUGCUCAGGCCAUCAGUCGUUCGCGCACCACUCGCCUGUCACCCUUGAACACCAACGUCCAGCGCCAGUCACCUCGCACUUCGCGUUCUCCGUUCCAGCCGCAAUACAAGGGCAGCUUUGCCGACUUCACUCCCCAAUCGUCAAGGCCUUCUUCUACCUACUCCGGUACACCUUACACUUCAGCUGACCCUUGGAACCGCCCCGAGCCAACCAAUUCUGUCGAGGCUUUCUACAACACUCAGCACCGCUACCCGACAUUAGACGAACUGGACCACUCCAACAGUCUUGCUGCCUUGGAGCAGGCUCGUAGAUCCACUGCCUACGGUAAUUGUGCUCUGCCUCUACCUCCCGCUCUGGCUUCGUCUUACUAUUCGCCCUGGAACCAGUCCACGUGGGGAAGCUCUCACCCCCCUGGAUGUAAUUGUAUGACAUGUGCCCGCCAGUACAUGCCUUUCAUGGGUGCUUCCGCAUAUCCUGCCCAGACUGUUGUUGGUUGAUCGGGCAAGUGCCCACUCCAAUACGAUCACCCAACUCAGCAUUGUGGAUUCCAAGAAUGACCCACCUGGCACCAACUGAUCCAACCCGAUUUCUAUUCAACAUUGUUCGAAAAGUUCUAUUCUUUGCCGCACUCCAGCAUAUUUCGAACCACCAAAAAAGUUUUUGAUCGCAUGCCACC